AGAGUUUUUUUUGGUUUUGUUUUUCCAACUGCUACCCUUGUCCCUCCAUCUUCUUCUUCAUCUUCUUCUUCAGACAACAGAUCUCUUCUCAACCACAUUACUUCUGGUUUCUCCAACCAUGAGGAAAGGGAGAGUCUCCUCCGCCGUUCCACCCGCCCUUCCGGUAACCGCCAACGGAUCCGCGAAGGAGCCGAGGUACAGAGGCGUCAGGAAGAGACCAUGGGGCCGAUUCGCCGCCGAGAUCCGCGAUCCGUUAAAGAAGUCCCGAGUCUGGCUCGGCACGUUCGACUCCGCCGUCGAAGCCGCCCGAGCCUACGAUCAAGCCGCUCGUAACCUCCGUGGUCCCAAGGCCAAAACCAACUUCCCCAUCGACUGCUCUCCUUCUUCCCCUCUCCAACAACCGCCGCUCUACCACCGCUCCGCCGCGAAUCGGAACCAGAUCGAUCCGUUCAUGGACCAUCGGUUAUACGGCGGAGGAGGCGAGCAGCAGCAGAACCAGAUUAUCAGCCGCCCGGCGAGCAGCAGCAUGAGCAGCACCGUUAAAUCGUUCAGCGGACAGAGGCCGUCUUCUUCUUCCGUGGCGAAGCAGGCGACGGCGAAGAGGUAUCCGCGGACUCCGCCGGUGGCUCCCGAGGAUUGCCACAGCGGCUGCGAUUCGUCGUCGUCGGUGAUUGAUGACGGAGACGACAUCGUUUCGAGAAGGAAACCGCCGUUUCAGUUUGAUCUUAAUUAUCCGCCGUUGGAUGGCGUUGACUUAUUCGAUGAUGAUCUCCACUGCACCGAUCUACGUCUUUGAUUUGUGUGGGUACUUAAAAAAAAGAUUUACCAAAUCUCAAAAUUUUUAAUUUUCCUUUGAUCUUAUAUUGAAAGUAAAAUUAAAACAAGGAAUUAAACAAAAAAAAAAGGGAGCAGCGAUGAUGAUGAUUUCAUCGUUGUUGGAAUCACAAUGACAACGAAGAUGGGUGACGAUAUAUAAAAGAGAGAGAGAUUGUGUGUAAGAUCUGUUACUGUAAGAACCAGAUCUAUGUUUUCAUUUGUCUGUUUCUUAUUAAGAUCAACCCUUUGUUACAUGUAACAUUCUAUGGCUGAUGAUGAUUCUUAAUGAUUCAAAUCCAA